AUGGCCCACGAAGGCCACUUCCAACACAGACGCCUGGUCUGGGCCCUGCGACUGAUCCUGGCGUGGAUCUUCUUGGUGGCCGAUGGAGGGAGCCACCCACUGCAAGCUAGGUCCUGGGGACAACCUGGGCUGACAGCCAAGGUGAACACAGGCCAGCUGCAGCUAGCAGGGCACCCUCAGUCCUUGGUUCUACCACCAUACCCAAGGAUCCAAGCUCCUGGUCCACAGACACCACCAGUGCCAGAACCUUGCUGCACUGCAGAGAUAGACAGACCAGAGGCAUCAAGCCCAGAAAGCCUUCUAGAGAGCUGCGGGGCACCAAGCCCAGAAUGUGAAUUCUUCCUGCGACACCUUCAAAGAGCCCUCCGUGAUCGCUUCCACCCGCAGCUGUUCGGGGUACGCCCAGUGCAGCCUCUCUGCCCUGAGCUCUGCCAGAUUUGGUUCACAACCUGCCAAGCAGAUUUUAUCUGUGGCCCGACUUGGCUGCAGUCCUCUGGAGAGAGGGGCUGUGAGUCCAGCUGCCGCACCUAUGGGCAGACCUUCGCCAAUGCCACAGAUCUGUGUCACUCUGCUUUGGGCCACGCCCUGCGGGUGGCAGCUCCUGGCUCUAGUCACUGCCUCAACGUCUCCAUCUCCUCUCCAGGAGCCCGCCGCCACCCUCGUGCCUGGAUUUCAAAUGUUGCAGGCAGCGGCAGCGGCAGCGGUGACGGCAACAGCCCCGAGUAG